CAAAAAAAAAAAAAAAAAAAAAAAGUCUCCCCUUUCGUCUUCUCCGAUCUUAGAUUAUAUCUCUAAAUUCAUCUUCUUACUCCCCCAAAUCGCGGUUUCAGAGAGAUCUGGGGGAAUGGAUAGCAGUUACUCAGUCAUCUCCAAAAACUCCUACGUCGAGUUACAGAAACAGACCAAGUUCCUUCCUCUCGACGAAGAAAGGUUCGUCAACGGCGUCCGCGACGAUCUCGAUCCCGACGCCGGAUCUAAUCAAGGAUCCGGGAUCUCCGGCGCCGUUUUCAACCUCACCACGUCCAUAAUCGGCGCCGGGAUCAUGGCAUUGCCGGCGACCAUGAAAGUCCUCGGCUUGGCUCUAGGGCUCCUCCUCAUCGUCCUAAUCGCGGUCCUAUCCGAGAUCAGCGUCGAGCUUCUCGUCAGAUUCUCGUCCCUCUACAAGUCCAGAUCCUACGGCGAGGUCGUGCAGUUCGCGCUGGGGAAGCCCGCUAGGGUUCUCUCCGAGGUCUGCAUCGUCGUCAACAACGGCGGCUUCCUCGUCGUUUACCUCAUCAUCAUGGGUGACGUCAUGUCCGGUUCUCUUCACCACGUUGGGGUUUUGGAUCAGUGGCUUGGGAACGGGUUCUGGGACCACCGUAAAGUUUUGAUUUUGGUUGUCGUGGUCGUCUUCUUGGCUCCUCUCUGCGCGUUGAACAGGAUCGAUUCCUUGAGCGUUACGUCAGCUGCUUCCGUGGCUCUCGCUGUUGUGUUUGUUGUUGUUUGCUUUGUUGUCGCGGCGGUUAAGCUCGUUGAAGGGAGCGUUGACGCUCCGAGGAUGAGUCCUGAUUUUGGGUCUACAGAAGCGGUCUUGGAUCUGCUCGUCGUGAUACCGAUAAUGACCAACGCUUACGUUUGUCAUUUCAAUGUCCAGCCCAUUUAUAACGAGCUCGAGGGUCGAACGCCUGAGAAGAUGAACAGAGUUGGGAGGGUCACGACGGCUGUUUGUGUGGUUGUGUAUGCUUCGACUGCUGUGUCUGGUUAUCUUCUCUUUGGUAAGGAUACUGAGUCAGAUAUAUUGACUAACUUUGAUCAAGAUCUUGGUAUCCGUUUCAGCUCCGCGGUGAAUUACGUUGUCAGAGUGGGAUACAUUCUUCAUCUUGUUCUCGUCUUCCCUGUGAUCCAUUUUUCAUUGAGAGAAACGGUGGAUACUUUGUUGUUUGAAGGCUCGCCUCCUCUUUCCGAAAGCAAGAAGAGAUCUUUGGGGCUUACAGUGGUCUUGCUGGCUCUUAUUUACAUUGGCUCGACGAUGAUUCCAAAUAUAUGGACUGCGUUUAAAUUCACAGGAGCAACGUCGGCGGUCUCGCUUGGUUUUACGUUUCCUGCUCUUAUCGCGUUAAGGUUAGGGAAACAGAGCAAUUCGUUAAGCCAGGUGGAAAGAUCUGUGUCGUGGUUGAUGCUAGUCUUGGCGGUGGUGGUUAGCGUUGUGGGAACGCUUGGCAACAUUUAUAGUCUCAGAAGCAAAUCAGAUUGAUACUUUGUUUAGCGGUUUUACAGGAACUUUUCAGAGAUUCUUAGUCCAAUACAGAACCGGCAAGUCUUCAGUUUUGUGACUGCUGCAUGCCACACCUUUAGGGUCCAUAGAUUUCAUCAUAGCAAUUACUUCUAUGUAUGUAUACAGACCAAGAUUCUUAUUGAUAUAUACACGCAAUUUUGCUGUUUCUA